UCGCGCGCUUAGUUUCGCUCCACGGCGACCGAUUGUGAAACGACGCACUCCCGACAUGGAAGUCCGUUUUAUACUAUUAGCAACACUAUUCAUUGUGGGAGUAGCUAUGGCAUUUCCACAAAAAGAUGGUCAGAUUUUUAGUAAUGAGGCUAUAAAACAAGCACAGAAUACUUAUCUUAUUCCAAAAGAUGCGACAAUACAAAAGGUUCAAGAAGGUAUCGAACUGGCAGCCUACGAAUCGAUUCCUGGCGAUCAGAAGAUCAAUCUUUUCGAAAUCUUGGGAGCACACGUUCCAUCGGAAGUAGUGAACAAUCUCCAGACCCAGAUUGACCAAAUAGGACGGAAUUAAGACUUACUUGCAUUUCUCCAUCAUCAUCGUCACCGUUCCCUUAUA